GAUAUUACUGGUGCCUUCUAUGAAGAUUCUUGUAGUCAUACCAAUACUGAAAUGGAACCAUGGUGGACGGUAGAUCUCAGAAUGCAGUAUAAAGUACAUAGAGUCAUUUUAUUUAACAGAAUAGAUUGCUGUUCUGAAAAUUUAGUGAAUGCUGAGGUACGUAUUGGGCACAAUGGUGAAAAUUUCUUGGAGAACAGUGUCUGUGGAAGUCAUGUGACUGCAGAACAAACUGAAAAGCCAAGUGUUGUUAUAACUUGUAAUCCACCAAUCAGAGGACAGUAUGUCAGUGUUCAGUUAAUUGGAAAAGAAGGUGUUUUAACGCUUUGUGAAGUUGAAGUUUAUGCUGCAAACAAAGCAUUGGCAUCUUUCAUUCUGACACCAUAUGCUGCACUUCCUGGUCAUAACAACUUACAGUUGAUGGAGAAAACAGCCGAACAAUGUGCCAUGUCUUGUUUACAAGAAACAAGUUUUAUGUGUCAUUCUUUUGAUUAUAAACGUGAAGAUAAUAUAUGUUGGUUGAGUGACAAGCAUUCCUUUGAAGUUCCACUGAAAACAGACUAUAAUGAUGAUCCAUAUGACUUUUAUGAACGCAGAAUGGAAGUUGAAAACUGUUACUAUGACAAUGGAGAAUCUUACCGUGGAAAUGUUGCUGUCACCAUAGAGGGCGAUAUUUGUGCCAAUUGGAAUAUUAUGUCAAGUAUUACUGCAAUCAAUCCAAGUUCAUAUCCCAAUGCAGGUUUGGGUGAUCAUAAUUAUUGUCGUAAUCCUGAUAGUGAUCAGAAACCAUGGUGUUAUUUUGCUGAUCCUGAUGAUUCUGAACUACUUGGUGGCUGGAAACAUUGUGAUAUAUUACAAUGUGAGAGUGAAAAAACCACAACAGAACAACCAGUGCAACCUAUUACACCAU